UCUCAACACCACCACCACCACACACAUCACAUAGGACAGCCAGCCAUAGCAGAGUGUUGGGGACUUAGAUCCAGAAUAUAUUUUUUUAUAUUUUCAACCACAGACCAUGUAAAGCUCACAUAGACCGUUUCUUAUGGGCUUAUAGUAUUGCUAAGAUCCUGUAUCAUCAUGGCUAGUCCCCUGGAAGGCGAACCCCGUGUUGUGGGGCCUGCUGAAAAGUAUCCAGGGUCUGGAUCAGAGGCCCGGGCGCCCGUGCGACCGCAGCCGCCUCAGCAGCACCUUCACGCGGCGUGUAUGAGCGCUGCUGCCGCGGCCAUGGUGGAGGCGCUGGAUGAUGCGGAGGGGCUCUUUGUAGCCGUGGAGAGAUGCCCGUUGUGCAACACGGCCAGACGGAGACUCACUUGCGCCCGGUGCAUCCAGACCGGUGAUUUCGUGUAUUUUGACGGGAGAAAUCCGGAGAGGUACUCGGAAAAGCUUGAAACACUUCAGAGGCUGAAAAAUGAAAAGGAGAAUCUUCAACAGAGUGUCAUCAAAGCCAUGGACAAGAAAGUUCAGGCUGACCAGCUUAGGUGGAAAAUUAUGUCAUGCAGGAAUAAAAUCCAGCAACUCAAAGAGGCCAUUUGCACUAGCAAUGAAGAAGUGACGAAUUGCAGGGAGCUGUUGCAGCGUUCACAGGAGGAGGGCCAGAGACUGCAGUGCAGGGCCAGUCGGCACCAGGAAAAGAAGGACAAAAUUAAGCGUCAUAACCAGCGUCUGGGUGAGCUGCUGGAGAAGAGAUCCAAAGAGUUGCAGGGGAGGCUGGAAGCCCUGGCUGAUGUUCGGAGGGAGCACAUCCUGGAGCUCAACACACACAUCUUCCCCAUACAGGAGGAGAAACAAGGCAGCAGGGACCCUGUUGAUCCGGUCAUGGCAGAGUAUGACCUUGCUCUGACCUCUAGUACCGUCAGUGAACUCGCAGAGGCCAGACGAACCACAUACCACUCAGGCCGCUGGAUCUGGGAUGAUCAGAAUGGAGAGACGAGCAUCAGUAUCACUGGGCCACAUGUCACACUGCCCAGCAAUGGAGACUGCUCAGCCUAUUACAGCUGGGUGGAGGAGAAGAGUGGAAACCAGGGGCCCGAACUGGACCACAUCAAUCCAGCACACACCAUCAGUGCGGCCCUCUGCUAUGCUACACAGCUGGUCAACAUCUUGUCUCAUAUUCUGGAUGUCAACCUACCGAAAAAAUUGUGCAACAGUGAAUUCUGUGGUGAUAAUAUGACCCGAUACAGAUUCACCCGUGUUGUAAACAAACUCAACACCAACAUCCUGCACCUGUGCUUAUCGCAGCAUGUUGACAGCGAGCUGCUUCAUCCUCACCACGCUUUGAGGAAUAUCAUGUUUUUAGUGUCUCCUGCAAACAAGAACCUUGGCAGAACUGGACCUUUUGAGGUGACUGCAGACUUGGAAGACUCUAUGGAGUUUGUGGAACCUGAGGCAGCCGGACCUGCAGACGAGAGCGGAGAUGAGGCUGUGACGGAUGAAGAAACAGACCUGGGCAAUGACUGGGAGACCGUUCCAAGCCCGCGCUUUUGCGAUAUCCCCUCCCAGCCUAUGGAUCUUUCCCAGAGUGGCAUGCAGGCAUCCCAGCCAUUGGGCAAUGCUGGCGGCAUGAUCUCCUCUGCAGCGGCCUCUGUCUCUUCCUGGUUCCGGGCCUACACCGGGCAGCGCUGAUGUCAAGGGUGGUUAGUCAGGGCUGUACCUAUGCAAACACCCUAUUAUAAUCACCUUUACCUUUGUCAACUUGGCUUUAGGGGAAAAAAAAGGGAAGUUUUCAGUCAUCUGACUGCUCAUACAUAGACAAAUAGAUGUGUGGUUAAAACCAGAGAGAAGCAUGUGAUCUCCAAAAACAUCUCCUGUGUGGUAGUAAUGCAGACUGGGAUUGUUUAAAGCAGAAAUGAGAUGGUAGAGAACUACUCACUUUUACAUUUCUGAUCCUCUGUAGCUCACAUUUUACUGUAGAGACACCACAGAACAUUAUCCAAUGUACAUUGCCAAAUAUCCUUUGUUAUGUUCAUUGGUGCAGAGAUUGUACAUUUAAUGCACUGUUGGACAGACUUGAGUGUGCCAUCAAUGUUCGAUUGAUGGUUCUGACGAAAAAUGAAAUUGCACCUUCACCAGCUCAUUUUCAAAAUACCUUACUGUAUAUGUUGCUGGACAUUUCUGAGAGAAUGAAAAAUAUUAUUGGUGUGUGUUUUUUGAGAUUAUACAUUUUUAAGAGGGAUUGUAUUUUAUAAAGAUUGUGAGCUAGUAUUAUUGCUGGUUUUGUUCACUUUAAAUUUCAUCACUACAAGCUGUACCGGCUGGGCAUAAACAUUUUCCAGUGGAGGCCAGAGUUUUUUUUUUUCCUUUUCUUCCACCACAAUCUUUAGUUGUUGAGAGUAAAAAUGUAUCUGCUUAAUUUUAGUUUUUUUUUAAUUAUUUUAUUUGUAUUAGCAGACCUCGUGAAUUAUUAAACUGAAUACCUCUGAG